AUGGAUGUGUUCAGGAAGCUGUGGAGGGCGAGGAAGCUGCUGCUGGUGGUGUUCAUCCCGCUGUCCCUGCUGCCCCUGCCGCUGAUCCACCCCACCAGCGAGGCAUCUUGUGCAUAUGUGCUGAUGGUGACCGCUGUCUACUGGGUGUCUGAGGCUGUUCCUUUGGGUGCUGCAGCUCUGGUUCCAGCCUUCCUCUACCCACUUUUUGGAGUACUCAAGUCAAGUGAGGUGGCGGCGGAGUACUGUAAAGACACAACUCUGCUGCUGAUGGGAGUCAUCUGCCUGGCAGCCUCCAUAGAGAAAUGGAACCUGCACAAGCGCAUCGCUCUGCGCAUGGUGAUGGUGGCGGGGGCGAAGCCUGGCAUGCUGGUGCUGGGGUUCAUGUGUUGCACAGUGUUUCUGUCCAUGUGGCUCAGCAACACGUCCACCACGGCCAUGGUGAUGCCGAUAGCGGAGGCCGUCCUCCAGCAGCUGAUCUGUACUGGUCUGGCCGACUGCCUCGAUGGCUCAGAAGCAGGAGACACCCGAGAUGAUGAAAGCGCUGUUUCAAGUAAAGAGGAGAACCUGGAUAAGAACCAGUUGGAGCUGCUCUAUCAAAAUGAACAGAAUGGCUGCGCUAAACAGGAGCUCAGUGCGCUCUGCGACGGACAGACUGGUGAGGCGAAUGGCAUGGGUCUGCAGUCAGUUUUGAACAAAUCGUUCGUCAUCCAAACUAAUGGACACUUGCCGCAGGUUGCUGUUGAGAUCCCGAAUGUGAAGCGGGUGAAGGCCAGGAGAGACUCCCAGUAUCCCACCAAAAAGGACCACAUGAUCUGUAAAUGUCUGUCACUCAGCAUCACAUACGCUGCAACCAUCGGAGGCCUCAUCACCAUCACUGGCACGUCCACCAACCUCAUCUUUGCUGAGCAUUUUAACACUCGUUAUCCAGAUUCAAAGGUUAUCAACUUUGGCACAUGGUUCAUCUUCAGCUUCCCGAUCGCCAUCAUCAUGCUGGUCCUCACCUGGUUGUGGCUCCACUUCCUCUUCCUCGGCUGCAACUUCAGAGAAACAUGCUCGCUGAGUAAGAAACGCAAAACCAGGAGAGAGAUGAUGUCAGAGAAGAGGAUCCAAGAAGAGUACGCAAAACUGGGACCUAUCAGUUACCCUGAGGUGGUGACGGGUGUUUUCUUCGUCCUGAUGACUCUGCUGUGGUUCACCAGAGAGCCCGGUUUCGUGCCUGGCUGGACAUCUCUGUUUGAAAUGAAGGGCUACAGGACCGAUGCGACGGUGUCUGUCCUUCUUGGCUUCCUGCUCUUCCUCAUUCCUGCCAGGCGACCCUUCUCCUCCUCAUCCAGCUGUAAAAACUCAGAAGACGAAUCAGACUCAGAUCCACUUGCCCCCAUGAUCACUUGGAAGGACUUCCAGAGACUUAUGCCGUGGGAGAUUGUCAUCCUGGUUGGAGGGGGCUAUGCACUCGCAGCUGGCUGCAAGGUGUCCGGCUUGUCCGUGUGGAUCGGCAGACAGCUGGAGCCCAUGAGUGGUCUUCCUCCCUGGGGUGUCACCCUGCUGGCGUGCCUGCUGGUGUCAGCGGUGACGGAGUUCGCCUCCAACCCUGCGACCCUCACUGUGUUCCUGCCCAUCUUAUCAGCUCUGUCGGAGACGCUGCACAUCAACCCCCUCCACACUCUGAUCCCAUCCACCAUGUGCGUGUCGUUUGGGGUCAUGCUUCCAGUAGGGAACCCCCCCAACGCCAUCGUCUUCAGUUACGGCCACGUGCAGAUCAGAGACAUGGUGAAAGCAGGCUUUGGCGUGAACCUGAUUGGCGUGGCCGUGGUGAUGUUGGCCAUCACUACGUGGGGCGUUCCCCUCUUCAACCUGCCCGAGUUUCCAGCCUGGGCAUUGGCCAGAAACAUUACCGGAAACGUAUAACCACCGUUGGGUUUGACGAAGAGAACAGGAUGAAUUACUGUUUGAAAAAAAAAGGGUUUUUAUGACAAAGACAAUAAGAAAAUCAUGUAUGGACGUGGAGUGUCGAGUGCACCUUCGUCCCGAUUAGACUGAUGGAACGAACCUUGAACA